UGACUGCCAUCUGCUGGACAAGGUGACGUCGACACACUUGAACAUGCUCAGCAGGGGCCAGGCGUGUCGCAUAGCGCGGAGGCUGCAAUGCAGACAGCUGACUACGAAGCAGCAGCAGCAUCCCGACACUGUCUUUUCCUCGCGCAUUGUCCCGUCACCCUCCUCGCUGCGCCCUCCGAGACCGAAAGAUCAGCCAAAAAGUCGCGUGCCCGUCAAGACUUUGGCUGCACUGCUUCUGGCCGGCGUGGGCUUCUUUGCAUAUGACAGAACGCACGGCAGAUGUCUUUCGCGGACAGCCCGGACCGGUGUCACGGCUAUAUUGCUAGCCAUUGACUACAAACUCAAUUUCAAUCCCGACAAUGCUGAAAAUAUCAUGGCAUUACAUGAACGCGCUGCACAGCGCAUGUACGACUGUAUUGUAGCGAAUGGGGGUCUUUACGUCAAGGUUGGGCAGACCAUUGGCAUGCAGUCUGCAGUUUUGCCUGAACCUUACUCUCGCUUAUUCAGCAACUUAUUUGACGGUGCGCCUCAAGUACCUUGGUCAGAGGCUGCCAAGAUCUUCGAAGAUGAUUUUGGAAGACCCAUUGAGGAAGUCUUUGCGCAAAUUGACCACCGGGCGACUGCUGCAGCAUCUAUUGCGCAAGUGCACAAAGCUGUGCUCAAGUCAGGUGAGGUGGUUGCUGUUAAGGUACAAAAGCCAGAGAUUCAGCAUCAAGUUGAGUGGGAUCUCUGGGCGUAUCGCGUUCUGCUCAAGGUGUACGAGCGCAUAUUUGAUAUCCCGCUAUCAUUCACCGCAGAUUACACUUGCAGCCAUCUAUUGGACGAGACAGAUUUUCGUCUGGAGAAAGAGAACUCUAAGCGGAUGCAGCGCUUCAUCGACAGCGAAUCGAGCUUGGCUGAGCGUAUCUACACUCCAAAAAUUUACGACGAGUAUUGCAGCAGACGCAUCAUGACGGCAGAGUGGAUCGAUGGAGUACGGGCGACAGACUCUGCCAAGAUUGAAAAGAUGGGCUUCUCAAAGUCACAGACGAUGCGCGCUGUGGUCGAUACGUUCAGUGCGCAGAUGUUCAAAUUUGGCUGGCUGCAUUGUGAUCCACACCCGGGCAAUCUUUUUGUCAGACCGCAUCCGCGGACAGGCAAAUUCCAGAUGGUGGUCAUCGACCAUGGUCUGUACAUUAAGGAGAGCGAUACCUUCCGCGAGCAGUAUUGUCUCUUUUGGAAGUCACUCUUCCUAAAUGACAUGACAACGCUUAGGACUAUUGCUGAGUCGUGGGGUGUCGGUGCGCCCGACUUGCUCGCUUCUGCUACAUUACUACGACCGUAUCGCCAUGAUCCGUCAAUCCGGCAGACAUCUCAUACUGUUCCCAAGACGGAAAAGGAACGCAAGGAAGAAGCGUACGCUGCCCAAGUGGCAGUCAAGGAAAAGAUUAAGGAUUUCUUGAAGGACCAGGAAAAGAUUCCACAAGAAUUACUCUUUAUCGGCCGUAACAUGCGAAUCGUGCAGGCCAAUAAUCAAGCAAUGGGCAGUCCAGUCAAUCGCAUCAGCAUCACAGCCAAAUGGGCCUCAGCAUCCCUUGGUUCAUCCGCAAGCACGGGCCUUGCGUCGCGCAUCAAGAAUGCGCUCUCUCAUGCUCGCUUUCUGGUGACAGUAGGUAUACUUGACUUUGGCUUUUGGGCAUACGAGAUGAAGCGAUGGGUUGGCUCAGGCUUUGGACUACUCAGGGACACGAGUGGUGGCUUUGAGGACGAGAUCCAGCGGAACCUGAAGCUCAUGGCCAAGGAGCAGUUUGGCAUUGAGAUCAAUGAUCAGGCCUUUGCUGGGUAGGUCUCUUUGGUUCAACCAUGAAUAUCAAUGUACGAAUAGCAUGUAGAUUACCC